CAUUUUGCGCGCGUUUGUUUUUAUUUAUUUACACCGAUUUACAAAGUAUGUACAUGUUUAUAGCUUCAUCUGAAAAUACAUUAGAAGUAGGCUAAUGUAAAUAUUGGUAAGUUAAUAGCUAUAUUUUGUAUAGGCUAAUGGAGAUUUCAGGUAACUGCAGUUUUGCGCACAUUAUGCUCCUUUAACAGAUGUUAAAAUGAACUAAUUUCACCACGGAAUGAAGUGAAGCAUUUUUAAAAUGGAAACAGAUGAUCCAAUUGGUGUGAGGAAUCCGGUGAAUAUCUCGGCUGUUUUUAACAACAUCUCACCAACAAUAACAGGACCUGAAGAGCACGCGCCUUCAUACGAUAUACUAAUAACAUCCAUACUCGGCACAGUUUUGACCGUCAUGUGUUUAGUAGGAGUAAUCGGAAACGUUUAUACCCUGAUCAUCAUGAACUUCUCCAUGCGCGUAACUGGAUCGAUGUAUGUCUACAUUGUGAACUUGGCUCUGGCGGACCUGCUGUACCUCUCCACCAUCCCUUUCGUGGUUUGGACGUAUUUUGCGAAGGACUGGUACUUUGGCGACAUCGGAUGCCGCGUUCUGUUCAGCCUGGACUUUGUCACCAUGCACGCCAGCAUCUUCAUCCUGACCAUCAUGAGCACGGAGCGCUAUCUGGCUGUGGUGAACCCGCUGGACACCUUCGGCCGAUCCCGGCGCUACAGGCGCUCGGUCACCUGCCUCGUCUGGCUCUUCUCCUUCAUACUGGCUCUACCGACCAUGAUCAUGAUUGACCUCAAGAGAGACGUGCACAAUGGAGUAGAGAAGCGCAUGUGCCAUCCGACCUGGCAGAUGACCGCGUACAGAGUGUAUCUGACCAUCCUGUUCAACACCUGCAUCUUGGCACCUGGAUUAAUCAUUGGAUAUCUCUACCUGAAAUUAGCCCGUACCUACUGGCUAUCGCAAACGUCUAUAUUCCCUUCCAGAGAAAUGAAGAAGUGUCCUAAACAAAAGGUGUUAUAUAUGAUCUUCAGUAUAGUUCUGACUUAUUGGGCGUGUUUCUUACCCUUCUGGUUGUGGCAGUUGCUCAGUAUCUAUUAUUACGCGCACAGAGGGCUCUCGAGCAGUACGGUGGUGUAUAUUAACUUCGUUGUUACUUGUCUGGCGUAUAGUAACAGUUGUAUUAACCCUUUUUUGUACACUUUAUUAACGAGGAAUUAUCAGGAAUAUGUGAGGGACAGACAAAAAACCUGCACAGAGUUUAAGAAGAGGUUCAGACUGUCGUCUCAAAGGUCUGUGUCUUCUGGGAGUCAUCAGUUCUGUAAUACUGUUAUACUGACCAGGGCCAGAUUUACGCACAGGUUUUCUAGGCACGUGCCUAUGUUCGCUCGUCCAGGGGGGGCCCAAACACAAUGAAGAGAAGAGAUAUAAUACUUUUGUUAAACGUUGGGCUAUCUACAACAGAAAGAGAACCAAAGCCACAGAAGACAUUGAGCAAAUAAAUAUAACAAACAAUAGGGUAAAAAAUGACAAACUAUUUCCAUGUCUUCCACUUUUUUAUGUAGGCUAUACGAAAAUCACGCUUUCUUUCUCCCAGUCUCUCUCACAGACACACACACAGUGCUCGCGCACACGCGGAGACGCGAACACAAACUUCUUGUCAGCGCUGCACCGCGAAUUUAUCACUAAAAUCGUUUUGCUGCUGAAAAGCUACAUGACAUUUCUCAGUGGCGAGGCUCUUGAAGCAGUUUAACGUAAAGAUUGGCUAUUAUAAUAGACGCUGCUGCUGCAUGCUGCUGAGAGAUACAGGUAUUCACACGCACUUAAUCUCUCUCUCUAAUAACCGCAUUAGACUGCAUUAAUAACUGCGUUAGCCUGCAUAUCAAUGGCUCAAGCUUCUGUUAUUAGCUCUAAGAUUACGUUUUGGAAUUUGCAAC